CUCUGAUCUCUUCAUUCUCUCGACUCUCGUCUCAGUCUCCACCAUCCCCCUCGCCUCCUAUCUCUGUUGCCGUUCCCACCACUCCUCCAGUGUCCCCAACAGCAACCACCACCGCAGCAACCACACACAUCGACGCCUGGCUGAAGCUGAACGGCUCGUGCCCGGUUUCCAGGAACUUGCCGCUGCCAAUCCCGCUGUCCACGCCGCUUUCGGAGGUCGUUUCACUCUCGCAGUACGCCGCGGAUCGGAGGCGGAGGAGGUGAUAAGAUUUUAGGUUCUAAAUCACAUUUUUGGAUAAAAUUUGUUGAAAUGGGUGAUGGCAAAUCUCCUCCUGGGUCUCCUAAAGAAAACCCGGAUAACGAUUUGGAUGCAAACCCUCUUACCAAGGAUGAUAGCUCAUUGGAGACCAUAGUACGGAAAUUCCAAGACACGUCCCUCAAGAGGCAUAAGUUUUGGGAAACCCAACCUGUUGGGCAGUUCAAGGAUGUCGGUGACACGAGUGUACCAGAAGGCCCUAUUGAGCCCCCGGCACCGUUAUCAGAAGUCAAACAAGAACCGUAUAAUCUGCCGAGUCCCUAUGAAUGGACCACAUGUGACAUGGACUCCGAGGAGACUUGCACUGAGGUUUACAAUUUGUUGAAGAAUAAUUAUGUUGAGGAUGAUGAGAGCAUGUUUAGAUUCAAUUAUUCCAAGGAGUUUCUUAGGUGGGCACUGCAUCCUCCUGGUUAUUACAAAAGUUGGCACAUUGGUGUUCGUGCCAAAUCUUCAAAGAAGCUGGUUGCUUUUAUUACUGGCGUCCCUGCUAGAAUCCGGGUCCGGGAUGUGGUUGUGAGAAUGGCUGAGAUUAAUUUCUUGUGUGUUCACAAGAAGCUUAGAUCAAAGAGACUUGCACCUGUUAUGAUCAAGGAAGUCACUCGGAGGGUCCACUUGGAGAAUAUUUGGCAAGCAGCUUAUACAGCUGGAGUGGUUCUUCCAACACCAAUAACAACUUGCCAGUAUUGGCAUAGGUCUUUGAACCCAAAGAAACUUAUUGAUGUUGGGUUUUCGAGGCUUGGCGCAAGGAUGACAAUGAGCCGAACCAUGAAACUUUACAAAUUACCGGAUUCACCGGCUACCCCUGGAUUCAGAAAAAUGGAACUUCGAGAUGUCCCUGCUGUUACUCGGUUGCUUAGGGACUAUUUGAGCCAGUUUGUUGUUGCACCUGAUUUUGACGAAAAUGAUGUGGAGCAUUGGCUUCUCCCACAUGAGAACGUGGUUGAUAGUUACUUGGUAGAGAGCCCAAAGACUCAUGAAAUCACUGACUUCUGCAGCUUCUACACACUUCCUUCGUCUAUCCUUGGCAAUCAGACUUACUCGACUUUGAAAGCUGCUUAUUCUUACUAUAAUGUCUCCUCGAAGACUCCAUUGCUUCAAUUAAUGAAUGAUGCUCUUAUUGUAGCGAAACAGAAGGAUUUUGAUGUCUUCAAUGCGUUGGAUGUCAUGCAGAACGAGUGUUUCCUGAAAGAACUGAAAUUUGGACCUGGAGAUGGGCAACUUCAUUACUAUCUUUAUAACUACCGGACAAGGCAUGCAUUGAAGCCAUCUGAACUUGGUCUUGUGCUUUUGUAGUUUGAUAUUUUCCAGUGUUGGUUUUUGGUUUUGUUCGCCGGAUCUUUAAUAACACAGUUUUGUUGGCAAUGCAUAUUGUUCAUGACUUUAUUGAAAGGAAAAAGAAGUUUUCUGGAUUGAAUUUUGUUGA